GUUGCAGAUAUGAUAUAACAAUACCAGUGGAGAGAAUUACGAACACUGUACGGUUCCAAGUUCACUUUGAUAUAGUGUAGGCACCUAAGGUAUUCCGCAUAACUAGGAAUUACAAUCCCAGCAUAUUUAGAAUACCUUUCGUAGAAGCGAUACGAGUGGAUCAUCAAUGGCACGGGCUUCGUCUUGAGCAGAGCUAUAAUUACUUUGAUUUGAGAGAUCCCAGGCCUGUCGUACAAGCAGCCAUGGGGACUCUAUCUAGCAAAUGAAACUAUUGAGUUCCGAAUCGUAUACCGAACCCGAUAUCAUUACAUACACUAACCUAGUACAAAUCAUUGCCACCCCCCUGUAUACACAUACAACUGGGGUAACUAUUAAGUAACGUCUCCAUUAACCACUCAUAUCCAUUAUUAGACUACAUACAGGGGUUAUCUAGCCAGUCCCUGAUAUUCUAUUGUGACUAUUAAAGAGGAUCGUAAUCCCAUGUAGUUUCUUCACUACUAUGUAUUAACUAUCUUCACACACAUAUUUCAUACAUGAACUCCUCAACUGAAAUUUACCAUAUUUAGGUGUACAGAAGAGACAUCAGCUACUUGAAGAGAAAUGGCUUCAUCAGAGACGAAAAACAAGCCGGAAGCGCUCGAUGUAAUCAUCGUAGGCGCUGGUAUAUCAGGAAUCAGCUGCGCCUAUCGGUUACAGACUCAGCUUCCCAAUGUCCGCUUCACCAUUCUCGAAGGUCGCAGUGAAAUUGGUGGCACCUGGUCUCAGUUCACAUACCCAGGAGUGCGUUCAGAUGCUAUUAUGAAUACAUUGGCAUUUCCAUGGCACCUAUACCCCCAUCCGAAGCCAAUCGCAGAUGGCUCUCUAAUUCUAGAUUAUAUUAAAGACGCCGCGUCAAAGUCUCGUGUAUCAGAACGCAUUCAAAUGCGUCAUAAGGUAUUAGCCGCGGAGUGGUCUUCGUCAAAACAACAAUGGGCCCUCACGGUUGACUACGAGGGAAUGCAAAAACUCUACACUGCACGCUGGAUGAUUCUGGGGACUGGAUACUAUGACUACGAGUCCCCACUACAGGCUGAGAUACCAGGGCUCGAAAACUUCAAAGGAAAGGUGAUACACCCGCAAUUCUGGCCCAAGGACUACGACUAUGAGAAUAAGAGAAUGGCGUUGGUUGGCAGCGGAGCCACUGCUGUCAGCAUACUGCCAUUACUUGCAGAGAAAACUAGUGAAUUGACGCUGAUCCAACGGAGCCCAACCUACAUCGUUGCGAGGGAAAACAAGUCAUGGACGAACGAGCAUUUGCCGCCCUCUCUGGCUUCGGUUUUUCAGCGUGUGUUUCAUACGUUGCACCAACACUUCUUCGUUGCAUACUGCGAGAACUUCCCCGAUUCUGCAAAAGAGCGUAUCCGUCAGGAUACGGUAAAGAGGCUGCCGAAGUGGCUCGAGCAGGACCCCCAUUUCAAACCUCGAUAUAAUCCAUGGGAGCAACGGAUGUGUAUGGACCCCGACGGCAUUUUCUACAAAGCCCUCCAUCGUCCUACCGUGAAGGUGAUUACCGGAGAUAUCACGAAUUUCACAGACACUGGGGUACAGACCAAGGAUCAUGAGACUGGCAAGAUGAAUACUACCGAUAUAGAUGCCGUCGUGACUGCUACUGGUCUGCAUAUGAAGCUGGGUGGAGGCAUUGAUAUACGCGUCGACGGGGAGACCAUGUCGUGGGCCAAGAGACGUAUCUGGAAUGGUGCGAUGCUCGAGGGUGUUCCAAACAUGACGUUUGUGACUGGAUAUGGCGACAACGCCUGGACUCUAGGAGCUGACAUAACAUCUUUCCUUGUGGUCCGGCUAUUGAAAUACAUGGACAGCAAAGGACUGAAGACUGCAGUUCCUCAGAUGUCAGAAAAAGAGGCUGCUGAGGAGUCUCAACAGAUGUUUCGACUAAAGUCAACCUACACCAAUCUUGCGGCAGAGAGACUUCCUGUGUACGGAGAGACAGGAGUUUGGCAGCCUAGGGCGCACCCACCGAAGGACUACGUAUACGCUCGUUGGGGCAACGUUAGUACUGGUCUCCAUUUCUCUACUUGAUAUAAAUCUACUGGUGGGUAUCUAGGUUACCUAGAUACCUAUGCAUAUGAUGAUUGUAUGUUAGUCUAUGUUCGUCUAGUUAUGUUAGUUUAGUUAUGUUAGUCUCUUAGUUAUAGGUUAAAAUCUAGCUGUACGUUUCCCACA